UCCCCCUCCCCUUUCCGUGGCUGUUCCACCCCGCGCCGCUCCCCCCCCCGCCGCGCUGCGUCGCCCCGAGCCCGCAGGAUGGAGAUGCUCAACCAGUUGGUGGCCCGGGGCCAGUUCCGGGUCCUGAAGGAGCCCCUCGGCUUCAUCAAGGUGCUGGAGUGGGUCUUCUCCAUCUUCGCCUUCGCCACGUGCGGGGGGUACUCGGGGUCCCUGGAGCUGAGCGUGGAGUGUCCCCCCCCCAACCGCAGCGCCCCCGACAUCGCCGUCACCUUCGGAUACCCCUUCCGGCUGCACCAGGUGUACUUCGAGGCGCCGUCGUGCGCGGGGGGGCCCCCGGAGCGCGUGUUCCUGCUCGGGGACUUCUCCUCGGCCGCGCAGUUCUUCGUCGCCGUCGGCGUCGGCGCGUUCCUGAGCGCGGGGGCGGCGCUGGGCGGGUACCUGGGGCUGCCCCGCGCCUUCGGGCCGGGCGCGCGCGGGCCCCGCGUCGACUUGGGGGUCACGGCGGCCUUGGCCUUCCUGUGGCUGGUGGCGUCGUGCGCGUGGGCGGCCGCGCUGGCCGGGGUGAAGGCGGCGACGGCGCCCGCGGGGGUCCUGGCGCAGAUCAGCGCGUGCCGGCGCAGCGGGGUGCGCUGCCGCCCGCAGGGGGCGCCCCGCACCUCGGGCCUCAACACCUCGGUGGUCUUCGGCUUCCUCAACCUGGUGCUCUGGACGGGGAACAUCUGGUUCGUCUUCAAGGAGACGGGCUGGGGGGCCUCGGGGCACGUCCCCCCCCCCCCCGGGGUCCCCGAGAAGGCGCCUGCCCCCGAGGGGGGGUUCGGGCAGCCCGAAGGGGGGUACGGGCAGCCCGCGGGGGGCUACGGACAGCCUGGGGGGGGCUACCAGCCCGACUACGGCCAGGGGGGGUACGGCCCCCCCGAAGGGGGCUACGGCCAAGGGGCCCCCACCUCCUUCGCCAACCAGAUGUAGGGUCCUCCCCCGCAGCAGGGGGCGCUGUGCCGAGGAGCCGCCCUGGGCGGCACCCACCGGGGGCGGGGCCAGGGGAUGGGCCCCGCCCCC